AUGCGAUACUCGUGGCCAAACAUUGUUUUGGCGCUGGCCAUCAGCGGCCUACCCUCAGCCAUUCUGGGACGAGCUAUACCGGACUCCCUUGACAAUGCCCCCGCAUGUGUCGGUGAUGAGUGCCCAGGUGAGGAACAUGCGCUGGAAACAACACCGUUCGAUUUGAAGACCACAGGGCCUGACAACCGGCCAGGUAAUAAGGCUCCGGGGUCUCAUCCGGAUGGGCCUCCUGUUAUCCCAAAGCCUGAUUCCAAUCCAAAUGGGAUGACGCAGGUGUUGCCAAUGGACAAAUACAAGGAGAAUGGGGACAAGGCCAGAGGGGAACUCGACAACGCAAUCAAGCAAAAGACCCCGGAUACAACGGUCAAGCCUGAAGGCAAUUUGCAGGGGCAGGGCACAUACGCCAACAUCAAGGACGGGUAUAACGUCAAGCAGGACUUUCCCAAGGGAGAUCGUGACUGGCCGGAGCUGUCAGCCGUCAUGAAGAACGACCCGGAAUUGGGGUAUGUCGGUUCCGCGAACUUCAGGGAACGGAUCAUCCAGUCCAAAGCGACAAAGGAUGAAACAGCGGUCACCAACGACUGUGCGUUUGACCACCAGAAUGGGGUGAUUGUCGCCCUGCGCAAUUUCGCCCAGAAUGACCACUGGCCGACCAAGCCCAAAGACCCCCAUCGACUGCCCUUCUCAGAAUUGACCUUCCAGUCCCUGAAAGACAGUGCGCCGAGGAAGAUUGGCAAACCCUCCACGUAUGACCCCAAAAACCUCAAAUUGGUCAUCCGGCGGGAUGUACAAAAUGAAGGAACGAGAGCAAUCGUGGCGCAAGCACACAGUGAUAAUGGUAUUCCCAUGACCCAGCGAGGUGUCUUUGAGCUUGAUUCAAAGGAUCCCAAGAUAUCUGAGUCCUUCAGAGCAUUGAGCGGGGCCGACAAUGUCAAAGGGGUUUAUUACAUGUUGAAAGACCAUCAUCAGGAAAUUGGGGAUAAAACCAUCAAGAAGAUCUACACCUACCCUCGGGAGAUGGAGGGCUCAAACAAGAAGCUGACUCUGGCUCUUGUCCUUGGAUAG